CUCCGCAGUAAAUCAUUCCGGCAGAGCUUCAUAUGCAGGGCCUCCCCCCUUUACCGAUGGCUAUAUUAAUGCCGGAAAAGCUUUAUGAUUGAGUAGGCAUUACCUUUCCUCUGUUGCUAAAUAGUACGGACUGGGUUUUGUUUAUCGAGAAUUAGCGCCGAAUCUCGCAACACAAUCACCAAUCGUCACAAUGGGCAAGAAACCAGCGUCACCUGCCUAUGUCCUAGGUGUGGGAAUGACCAAAUUUAUCAAGCCCCGCGGCAAAGUGGACUAUCAUGAACUUGGUUUUGAGGCCGGCGUCAAGGCAAUGCUAGAUGCCCACAUCAACUACGACGACGUGGACCAAGGCGUUGCAUGCUACGUCUACGGUGAUAGUACCUGCGGCCAGCGUGUAUUCUAUCAGUUCGGUUUGACACAGAUUCCCAUUUACAAUGUCAAUAACAACUGCUCGACGGGCUCCACCGGUUUGGCCAUGGCUCGCACAAUGGUUUCUCAUGGAGCUGCUGAUUGUGUUCUCGUUGUCGGGUUCGAGAAAAUGAGUCCCGGAAGCCUUCAGUCAGUCUACAAUGACCGAGAGAACCCCACAGGGUUGCUGGGAAUGAUGAUGGCCGAGACUAGAGGAAUCACCAACGCUCCUGGCGCAGCCCAGAUGUUUGGCAAUGCUGGUCGGGAGUAUAUGGAGAAGUAUGGUGCGAAGAACGAAGAUUUUGCAGAAAUAGCCCGGGUCAAUCAUGAGCAUUCCAAGCGCAACCCGUACUCGCAGUUCCAGACCGAAUACACCCUUGAGCAGGUUCUCAAGGCGCCUAUGAUCCAUGAGCCCCUUACCAAGCUACAGUGCUGUCCGACGUCGGAUGGUGCCGCUGCCGCUGUCAUCGUCUCCCAGGAAUUCCUGGAUGCUCGCCCACACCUGAAGGAUCAGGCGAUCUUGAUCGCCGGUCAGAAACUGGCCACUGACAACGAGACCCUUUACAACCGAAGUUCAAUUGACCUUAUGGGGUUCGGCAUGGCUCGUGGUGCUUGCCAAGCGGCCGUGAAGGAGGCUGGCGUGAAUGUAAAAGAUAUCAAGGUUUGUGAGUUGCACGACUGCUUUUCCGCCAAUGAGAUGAUAACUAUCGAUGCACUGGAGUUAUGUGAGCCAGGGAAGGCGCAUGAGAUGGUUCGACGGGGUGACAUUACUUAUGGUGGCAAGAUGGUCAUUAAUCCAUCGGGGGGCCUUAUCUCGAAGGGCCAUCCGCUAGGGGCCACGGGCAUUGCGCAGUGUGCGGAACUGGUAUGGCACCUGCGGGGUUGGGCCAACAACCGGUUGAUUGAUGGGACGGAUGCUGCUUUGCAACACAACCUGGGCUUAGGAGGCGCGGUUGUGGUGACUGUCUACAAGCGAGCGGAUGGAAAGGUUGCGGUCCCUGUAUCGUCGGAUGCUGUGGGAAAUAUCACCGGUCUUGGCUACAAUCCGGCUGUCGAAGCCAAAGGCUUCACAGUCGAACAGGCCAAGACGGUUUUGAGUAAAAACCACAGCAAUGAGUGGGCCUUGGCCGACACCCAGGAGAGGGUUCUCGCUCGUUUCUAGUUGAAGGUCGGCGUGCAUGUACGAGAGAUGAUAACCUUGUUAAUACCCACUACUACGAAGUGAGCUGCUAUAACGGCACUUUGAUUUUCCUUUUUUCAUUGCUAUUCGUGUUGUCAAUUUGUGCAUAGUUAUGUUGAACUAAGACGCGGUUAGUAAAUAGUAAUUAUAAAGAAAAUACAGGUCACCGGAAUAUCUUACAGCCGGAUGGAGUAUUUU